CUAGAUGUUCCUUGAGCAAACAACUGGAGGCAGAGGUUGUGUCCAAGCAGAUCAGUGGUUUAGCUGGACUCUGGGCCGCUGUGCUGGCUGAAAGCAGACAGCCCAACUAGGAGCCUAUUUAUGUGACUGGUAGCAAUGAUGACAGAGAAGAAGACAGAAGACCUGACGAGUUGCAGGAGGCAAAAGAUGUGACUUUUCAUCCUGCCGUUAGUCUCAGUCAGCAGCUGUUUAACAAAGCAGGAGUUGCCUUUAAGUCCAGUUGCUCAACAGAUUCUCAGGAGAGUGAGGUGGUCUGACGGUCUGGGAUGGAAAACGAGGACCUCCAGCCCACUGAAGGAGGAGGCAGGGAGAAGACUGAACUUCUGAAGGACCAGCUCAACAGUGAGGAAAAGGGAGAGAAGGAGAACAAAGGCAAUAAGAAAGAGAAGAAGAAAGAGCGCCGGCGUUCAGGCUCUCUGUGGAGGAGUGGAUGGGCUCUGAGCGAACGGCUGGCCAUCAAUGUUUCAGGGAUGAGGUAUGAGACUCAGCUGCGAACAUUAGCCCAGUUCCCCAACUCUUUGCUUGGUGAUCCCAGGAGGAGAUCACGAUACUUCGACCCGCUUCGAAACGAGCUUUUCCUGGACCGCAACCGAGCCUGCUUUGAUGCCAUUCUGUAUUUCUACCAGUCAGGCGGGAGGCUCCGCAGGCCUGCAAACAUACCGCUGGACAUCUUUAUGGACGAGCUGAUGUUUUACGAGCUCGGAGAGGACAUCAUGAACCGCUUCAAGGAAGACGAGGGUUUCCCAAAAGAGGAGGAGAGGCCCCUGCCAUCCAAUGAGGUUCAGAAAAAGCUGUGGAAGCUGUUUGAACACCCCGAGUCUUCAUCAGGGGCCCGAAUCAUUGCUAUCAUCAGCGUGAUGGUGAUUGUGCUGUCCAUUCUCAUCUUCUGUCUGGAGACGCUCCCUGACUUCAAGAAAGAGGAGCACCAUUCCCACGCUAAGAAUGCUUCUGAGAACGCGCCUCCUCCUCCAAGUAUUUUCCACGAUCCUUUCUUCAUGGUGGAGACCGUGUGCAUCUGCUGGUUCUCCUUUGAGCUCAUCAUGCGCUUUGCUUGCUGUCCCAGCAAGACUCAGUUCUUCAAGGACGUCAUGAACAUCAUCGAUUUCAGCGCCAUCCUGCCGUACUUUGUCACUCUGGGAACAGAGCUGGUCAAAGAUGACGACGCCUCUCCAGCUACGUCCUUGGCCAUCAUCAGGGUUAUCAGACUGGUGAGGGUCUUCAGGAUCUUCAAGCUCUCUCGACAUUCGAAGGGCCUCCAGAUUCUUGGCCAGACACUGAGGGCCAGCAUGCGCGAGCUCGGCCUCCUGAUUUUCUUCCUGUUCAUCGGCGUCAUCCUCUUCUCCAGCGCCGUCUACUUUGCAGAAGCUGACCACCACAAAACAGACUUCGUCAGCAUACCACAUGGCUUCUGGUGGGCAGUCGUUACCAUGACUACAGUAGGCUAUGGCGACAUGUACCCAGUCACAGUGUGGGGGAAAAUGGUGGGCUCUAUGUGUGCCAUCGCUGGUGUUCUGACCAUCUCACUGCCCGUGCCUGUUAUAGUGUCCAACUUCAGCUACUUCUACCACCGGGAGACGGAAUGCGUGGACCAAACCGAGUACAGUCAUGUGCAGUCAACGCUGUGGGAGGACGGGGAGCCUGAAGGCGAGGAGACAGAGGACGGGGACAGGGAUCCAGAGGCAGAUUAUUACAACACUGAUGAAAUCUACAAUCCUCUCAAUGGGAAUUUACUUGGAGGACUAGAAUCUGGCCAGAUCGCAGAAGACAGAGGAAAUACGCACGUCAGCGAACCACUGGUCACACAGGUUUAGAAAGAAGGUUUAGACAAUAACAGAAAGUGAGUAAAAACAUGAAAAAUGGACAGUUUUGAAGAUCAGGAUGUUCUGGAAAAGAGAACCUUGUAAACCAUCAGCUGGUACUUUGUGCAGUACGCUCAGAUUAGCACUGAUAUACCUCCAAACAACUUUAUAUUUCCUCUUCUGGCUCAUUUACUUGUCAUUUACUGCUGCACUAGCCA